GUUUAUACUUUAUAAACUGAGUGUUCGUGGUUAGAAUUUCGUUCAAGUUUCAACUCUCUACUCGAAGUUACUGACCGAUUGAUGACAGCUCUAGCUCAUGAGUGAAGUGAAUCAGUGCUGUCCGGUUCAGUCGAUAGAUUUAUAGUAGAUCAAGAUGUGUUAGUGUAAUAAUCUCCAAAAUCUUACCGCAGCAUGGCUCUCGAAUUCUUUAAAAUCUUUUGUUUGGCCAGCAUUGUUUUAAUUGUCUCCGCCGAUCUUGAGCAUGUGGGCCACCUUGAAAAUGCAGCUCGCUUGGCAUUUGAGAAACACUACCCUACCUUUGUUUUUGAAAAAAUCAUUCACAGCAAAGUAAAUCAAGAUAAAAACUUAGCCUACUUCACUGUUUCCUCAUCAAAAUCUGAAGCGUCAGACAGUUCUAGCUCUUUUUUGUGCUCUCUUGAACUGAAACUUGACCAUCUCGACCAUCCAGUAGCAGUACCACAAGUUGUAUCAAGUAAAUGCGAUGUUUCUUCCUCUGGAAAAGCUCGUCAAGCUGGAACUGUGCGAGAUAUUCACUCAGUUUACAAUGUCACAGAAGAAGAGAUGGGUUUGGUCAAUGAGUUGGCCGAUUUUGCUGCUAAAAAAUUGGAUGAAAUUGAUGCUGACAAUAAAAAGAAUAUCAUUGACAAAGUGCUGAAUCCAACAAAACAAUUUGCAGGGGGCAUUCUGUACGAGUUCACUUUAAAACUGAUCGAAAGCAACUGCCCAGAACAAGAAGAGGACUAUGAAGCUUGUAAACGAAGCUCUUUUGACCCAGUGAAACUAUGCAACAUUAAAGUUCUCCGCACUUGGGCUUUGAAAAAAGUCCCCCACGCAACUCUAGUCGAGUCUCACUGUCAGCCAGAAUAUGAGACUCUUUAUGGCAAUGAACGGAAGCCAAAACUCUUGGACCACCCUGAGGAAGAGAACUCCUCUGCACGACACUCAAAGAAACCAUUGCUUGGAGCUCCAUUGGAUGUUGAUGUAAACGAUGAAAAAGUUGUACGCUAUGCAGAAGAAGCAUUGGCUGCUCUAGGAGUCCGUCACGAUCCGUACAAAUUUGGACUUAUUCGCUUAUUGAACGCCAAAGUUCAUCCCUCUCUUGAGGGGAUGGUGCAUGGACUGUACUACUUCCUGAAAUUAGAGGUCGGUGUGUCGAAGUGUCUGAAAGAUAGCCCUAAAGUUAAGUGUUACGAGCAAACUGUAAAGACCAACAUUUGCAACAUUCAAAUUUGGCUACAGGAGGGAUCAAACUCUGUCAAUUUACGAGAUGCAUCAUGUCAGGAAGAUUUAUUAAAAUCGAGAAAGCGGCGUUCAGAAAACUCAAUGGUAGGAGGAUGGAGUGCACAAUCAGUGGAUGAUUCUGAUGUCAAAAGGUAUGCCAAGCUCUCCCUUCCAACUCUUGAAGCAUUGCCAGGAUCAAAAGGCAAACUAAAAUUGGUUGAAGUCAUCUCAGUUCAUACCCAGGUUGUUUCUGGUGUACUCUACUCUUUGGAGCUGAAAGUUGCCAACUCAAAAGCGGACGCAAAAAUUUGCAAAGUUAAAGUCUGGGUGCAACCGUGGCUGAACAAAGAGGAGGUAACAGAUGCAUCCUGCGAAAAUGAGGCUUCAACUAAAAAGAAGGUCUUUUCAUCGGGGACACCAGAUGGUUUGAAAUCAGUGGAUGUAAACAAUAGUGAUGUACAAAAGUAUGCUCAACUCUCCCUUUCAAGCUUAAUGAGCCUUGCAGGGUCUGAUCUGAAGCUGGUCAAAGUUGUAAAUGCUCAGCAACAGGUUGUCUCUGGGAUGCUGUACCAUCUUAAUUUAGAAAUCACUAACUCAAAUGGUGAAUCAAAAUUGUGCAAAACAAAAGUAUGGGUCAAGCCGAAGAAAGAAGAAGUGACAGAUGCAUCCUGCGAAGACAAGCCAUCGAGUCGGAGGAAGAGGUCCAGAUCUGAUGACGAUUCUGAAGACGGAGACACAGUUCGCUUAACGCCAAAGAAUCCGCUCGAUCCUGAAGUCCAAAAAUCUGCUAAGUACUCUCUUUCAUCACUUCAAAAAUUAUCAGAUUUCAAAGAUAAUCUGACAUUGGUAGAAGUCAUGGAAGCCUUUGCAGAGAACGUUUCAGGGGUGAUCUACCAUUUGAAAUUAAAAGUUGCUGAUUCCAGAGAAGAUCCAAAAAUUUGCAAGGUAAAAGUUCACAAGUAUUGGUCGGGCAGUCAAGAAGUGUCAGGAGCAAUCUGUCUACAUGAAACGACAGAAAAGGACCAGCAUGAACAUGAACAUGAACAUGAACAUAAAAGGAAACGGCGAUCAAUUGGCAUUAGGAAGCGACCAAUCUUAGGUGGCUUGAUACCGGUAGAUACAAGUGAUCCCACAAUUCAAAUACUAGCGAAAUUGUCACUCUCAUCUGUGGAGAGAUUGACAGGCACCAGCGACUCACUGCAACUCAAUGAAGUUACGGAGGCCUACAAACAGGUUGUUGCUGGCCUUCUGUAUCACAUAACAUUAGAAGUGUCUAAUUCGAAAGGUGAAUCAAAAACCUGCAAAGUGAAAGUUCUUGAACAGCCAUGGAUUUCCAAGGAACCGAAAGUAACCGAUGCCUACUGUCAAGAUAAACCAUUGCAUAGCGGAGAGCAACUAUCGAACAAUCAAACCCCUGAAUUGCCAAACAUCUUGACAUCUUUAGAUAGUAGUGAAGCCAAAGUUCAAACACUCGCCAAAUUUUCUGUUUCAUAUUUGGAAAGAACAUCUAAAACAAAUGAGGAGCUUCAGUUGAUUGAUGUGAUCGAAGCCUACAAACAGGAGGAUUCAGGUGUCCUUUAUCAUUUGAAGCUAUCGGUUUCCAACAAAGAAGGUGUGAUUAAAACCUGCAAGGUGAAAGUCCUAGAGCAGCCCUGGAUUUCGGAUGAACCAUCUGUGACUGAUGCGCGUUGUGAAGUUAAACCAUUAACGAGGAGAAAGCGUCCCUCUCAAAACUGGGCAGGUAUCGUCUCACCCGUGAACGUAAACGAUGAAGCUGUGCAGCAUUAUGCUCGUUUUGCUCUUUCAACCCUCGCAAAUCUACCGGAGUCAGGUGAUGAUGUUCGAUUGGUGGAAAUACUGAAAGCGCACAGGCAGGUGGUUGCUGGAUGGUUAUACACGCUAAAACUACGAAUAGCAGACUCAAAAACAGAUUCCAGAAUCUGCGAUGUGAAAGUCUGGGUUCAACAUUCCGUCACAGAUGAUAUCAAAGAGGUUGACGCUUCCUGUGAGGAUAAACCGUCUAGAAGGAGCAAGCGAUUCAUUGGUGGUAUUAAAGAAUUGAAACCAGACCAUGACGAUGCAUUGAAGUACGCCAUGUUUUCGGUUCCCUUCCUGGGUCCUUCUUUUGGCUCCGAAGAGCGACUGAAAUUGAUUGAGGUGGUUAAAGCCUAUUCUCAAGAGGUGGUUUCUGGAAAACUGUAUCAUUUAAAGCUUAAAGUUGGUUCUUCCACUGAGGACUCAAAAAUCUGCACCACGAAAGUUUGGGUACGACCAUGGCUGCAUCCAACGGAGCAACUAACUGAUGCUAUGUGUGAAAACAAACUCGAAUUACAGAAAAAAGAAAACAAGCGUUCAGUAGGGUCCAUUAAGUCACUAUCCAAAAAUACAGAAGACUUGCUUAAGGCAGCUGAAAACAUCCCUCAAAAGAAACUGAAAGGAGUAAAUGCUCUUGAAUCCUACAAGCAGCACCUUGAAAGUAACCUACCGACCAACUUGCAACGAACCUAUCGUGAAGAAGUAAACACGGACAACGAAAAAGUUCAAGAGAUUGCAAGGUUUUCCCUCCGAACCUUAGAAAAGCUAUCUGAAUCCAAUGAACCAUUAGAACUUUUAGAGGUCAUCAAAGCUUGGAAACAGCUUGCUGAUGGGCUCAUCUAUGAUCUGCAAUUGAGAGUUGGAAAUUCUACUGGUAUUCAAAUUUGUAAUGCCAAAGUUCUGGUGCCAAAACUGUCCAAGGAUGCGAAAGUGAUGAAAGCACUUUGUGAGAACAUAUCGUGUCCAGCAAGGGAUAAACGCUCCCAAAACAUGCUUGUCUGUGGCCGAGUUGCUGUCGACAAAGAUGAGCCCAAAAUUCAAAAGUAUGCUCAGAACUCAGUGGCAUCUCUUCAGGACUUGAUUGGUGCCCCUUACCAAUUAUCAGAAGUCAUUGAUGCUCGCAUUGAGGUUGAUCAAGGUCUUCUCUAUUUAUUAACAUUGGAGCUGACACCCAUCAAAUGUGCUCAAAUAGACUGCUCGCUUGAUGCAAAAAUCUGUUAUGUGAAGCUGUUGGUCAAGGAAUCGGUCAAGAGCGAAAAGAUCACUGACGCAGCCUGUAAAGACAAAGAUGCUCCUAAAUUUAGGCGUUCCAUAAAUUACAUAACCGACCCUAGUCACACACCAAUGGAUAAACACCAAGUUAUCCACCAAAAUAGAGUGCAAGAAGUAGCAAACUUUGCUGUAACAUCGAUUGCUACACUAACAUCCGAAAACAAACUGGUGCUUCAGAAAAUAUUAGAAGCGCAUGUCUUAAUGGUGUCAGGUCAGUUGUACAGACUAAAACUAGAAAUCGGGAAGUUAAACCCAAACUCGAACUGCUCCCAACCACCCAAUGAAACCGAAUGCGGAGAGGUAACAGAACCAAAAAUUUGCGACGUGGAAGUUUGGGUCCAAGACUGGAUUCACAGCUCUAGAUUGAUGGAUGCACACUGCAACGGCACCGCUUUGAUCGAUCGGGAAAAGCGCUCUCUGGGGAUGUUGGUCGGUGGGAAGGAGCAAACCAACGUUGAUGUUGAAAAAGUCCAAAAUUAUGCUCUGGCAUCCCUAGCCAAGCUGGAUAGCCUCAGUCAAUCGGAGUACAAAACCGGUCUUCACAAAGUUGUUGAUGCACACGUCCAGCGUUCAAAACGUGGUAAUAAUGAACAAGCUCCCGACGAGAUUAUUGGUGAAACCAAACCAAAUAAUUCAGACAUCCCUCAAAAGUCUAUUGAUGAUACUUUCCUGUGGAAGCAUCAAAGGAAGUCAACAAAAAGUUUUAUUCAGAUUGGUCUUUCAACUACGGAAAAUCCACAAGUUUUCCUCGAAGAUGAUGAAGAGACAUGCCAGUAUCUCAAUCUGACAAUGAGAACUUUAGAUGAUUUGACACCCUCACCUUUCAAACUAGGACUCAUAAAACUUGUGGACUUGAGAAAACAGAUUAGACCUCGCAAUGUCUCCAUAAGCUUGAAAUUAAUCGUUGGUUACACUAAAUGUCCAAAAUCAGAGGAUGACUCCACACCGCCUUUGGCCUGUGCAGCAGAGGUAUUUGAGCCCAGAAAGUGCCAAGUGAAACUCACAAUUCUCCCAGAAAAUGAAAAAAUCAACGUCCAGUCUGCAGAGUGUGACGGUAUUCCUGACAAGAUUUUCAAUCGGAAGAAGCGGCUUAUUGUCAAUGGUCAAGAUGUUAAAUCAGUCAGUUCCAAAAAGAAGAGUGAAGACCUUUUACCAAAAUUGGCACACCACUUUAAAUUCGGGUCCAAACUUCAUCUAAAUCGCACCAUUGUUGCCAGAGUUGAGAGGGUCAAUGGACUCCUGUACACAUACAUUCUAGAAAUCACUGCUGACGAGCCAUGUAUUUUGGGACCUAAUGGAGUCACAGGGUUGUGUACGGAUGAAAAGGAUGUAACGCACAAAAUGGUGCACAGGUAUUGCUUGGUAAGAGUUCUUGAGAAAGAAUGGCUGGCUCACACGGAAGUCACUUUCUCCAAGUGCGGCGCUAGCCUUAAGAAGCUUCAAAAGGCAAACGUGGACCAUGUUGACGAAUUUUUAGACUUUGCCAAGAAGUACGAUAAAAAGUACACAGAUGAAGAAUUUUCCCGAAGGCUUCACAUCUUUCGAGCAAAUUUGAAAAAGAUCAGCUACUUGCAGGAAACAGAGCAAGGAACCGCAACGUAUGGUAUCACUGAGUUCGCCGAUCUGUCGGCUGCUGAAUUCAAGGCCAAAAUGGGUUUGCAAGUACCUCAAAACUACCUCCCAAGAGAUUUCAUCAAGCAAGCAGAGAUUCCUAAAAUUGAACUGCCAACUGAAUUUGACUGGAGAGACAAGAAUGCUGUUACUCCUGUAAAAAAUCAGGGCAUGUGCGGUUCUUGCUGGGCUUUCUCCGUCACUGGAAACGUUGAAGGACAAAACGCGAUCAAAAAUGGGAAACUUAUUUCUCUUUCAGAGCAGGAACUGGUAGACUGUGACAAAACAGAUAAUGGCUGUGGCGGAGGAUACAUGUAUGACGCUUACCAAGCUAUCGAGAAGCUCGGCGGUCUGGAGGCGGAAGACGAGUACCCUUAUGAAGGCAAGAAUGACCAGUGCCGCUUCAAAAGGUCCGCUGUUAGGGUGGAGGUCAAAGCUGCCGUUAACAUUUCCUCCGAUGAAACAGAGAUGGCUCAGUGGCUUGUUCAGAACGGACCUAUCUCCAUCGGAAUCAAUGCCAAUGCCAUGCAGUUUUAUUUAGGUGGAGUGUCUCAUCCCCUGAAGUUCCUUUGCAGCCCAUCCCAAUUGGAUCACGGAGUUUUGAUUGUUGGUUUCGGCGUCCACAAUUACCCUCUUUUCAACAAAACCUUACCUUAUUGGACAGUGAAAAACAGUUGGGGAAAUCGAUGGGGUGUCAAGGGUUACUACCUUGUCUACCGCGGUGACGGAACCUGUGGGGUGAACCUGAUGGCUUCCUCAGCUGUUCUGUAGUGAUGAUGAAUUUUGAAGCACAAGCUAGGAACUAGAAGAUCAAAGGAAAAACAAAAUUCUUUAGUGCCAUUUACAAUUAUUUAAAGUGAAGCUAAAAUAAUAUUCGGGGGGCACCAAGCUUUUGGCAGUCUCGGUAUAUGUAAUGGAAGUUUAGGCCGAAUCUUCCAGAGGGUCAGAUAUAGAGGCUCUUAUUUCAAAAACUUUGCUAGUUUAUCCACUUUAUACUCGUAUUGGAGUGAUUUAAAUGCAUAUUUGAUCUCAGUUCUCCAUGAAACCCUCUCAGAAUUUCUCGCAAAAUAGUGAUUUCUCCACCUUCCAAAUUUUUUAGAGGGAAAUGCACCUGCAUAUUCUUGAAGAUUCAAAAAUUGUUACACUCUGGCCAUCCCCAUGGCAGAAAGUGGUUGUGAAAAUGUCACAGCAUUACUGUCAAAUUUAUCGGUGCAGCGAUGUUUUUGAAACCGUCUUAAUAACAUCAUUUUUAUCAAUUACUGGGUGGGCAGCUACGCUCAUACCCUUGGCAAUAAUUUUAGGGCUCUUUUUUCUUGUCCUGAAACAACUUUUUAAAAUGAGCCAGGAUAAUUCCUGCAUAAAACUGACUUGUGUUACAUUUUGUAAUGAAAGCAUUACUAUUUGGAUGGAAUCAUUUUUAGUGGACAAAAGGUUGGAUUCGAAUUGCAGCUUAUUUAAUUUUAAGAGACUGAAUUUUAUGUACUCAUAUUUAUUAUUUCUCCUUUAAUUUGAAAGCACAGUCAAUGUACAGUUGUAUGUUUGAGGUUACUGGUUAUCAUUGCCUUUGGUGUAAUUUCCCCUCAAUUUUUACCCAUUACAAUAAUUACUUUUUUACUGUAGGUUAUCCUUUCCCACUUCAAAGCAAAGUACUAAAAGACUGGGCAUUUAAAAAUUAGGUCAAUAGGUUGUUUUGGUUUUUGUUUGUUGUUACUGAUGCUUAUGAUAUCUCAUCAGGUGUAAGCGUAAUUUUGUUUACUGCGAUUGGUUCAACAAAAUUCAGUGCCAUUCCUUUUUUGUGAUCUUUUUAUCAAUUUUUUACCAAUUAGUUAUAUUUAUUUUAAAUACAGGUUUUAUAAGUUAACA